AAUAUGUAGAAAACUAACACUGAAAUCAAUUGUUUAUCAACUAAUCAACCAAAACGGAAGUGAAAUAAAUAAAAGGUGGAUCUUGAUUAUGUUUAAAAAUAAAACCCCAUUUAAUCUGAAGGUGAAAUGCACACUUCUAGCGUGCAACAAGAGAAACGGCCGAUAAAUUAUUAAGAAUCUGUGAUGAAUGAAGUGUUCCAGUCAUUCAACCAACCCAAGAUUGUGUAUAAAAAAACGUCAUUCUCACAAUAGAUUAAUUGAUUAAUUGAAAAUUGCUCGUCAACACACAAUCAUGGAUCUAAAUUAAUAGACAAUGGCUGAGCUGCAGGGACUUAGACUGUUUCACACGAGCACAGAGAGAGACAGUGUUAGUGUGGUUGGGUGGGGGUGUGUAGGGUGUUGCUAACCCCAUUAAGCAGAUGUUACUCGAUAUGUGUACUUAAUCCACUUAUCUUCCGAGUCAUGCAUGUGCCAUUUGCAGUAUGUGGUCGAACCCAUAGAUGGAGGGACAGAUACACUGCUGGAAAGUCGAUUGAACUGUCAGGUAGGGCCACGGUCAUUUAGAAGCCAAACUUUCGAUUGGACAACAGAGUCCAAAGACCCGCCUCGCUGUUCGAAGCACGGAUUACUAUUGGUCCACAGAGCCAGGAUCCAAACGCAUGCUGCUGACGUCGCACAGGCGCUGGGACUCCUGUGGCGAUGUUGUGGUCAUACACGCCGCCGGUUUCAAGAGUCUUAUCUUGCGCACACUCCUUGUAGCCCUGGUCCCUCACAUGCAUGGAGUCAAGAGCCCACCGUGCGUGGCCACACUGGAGAUGUCGGAGAACGAGGGCCGAGAGGACGAGGGGGACGGGGACUACGAGAGCCUGCCGCCUCAUGUGUCGUUGACGACCCACAUGACAGCGGGGGCCGUGGCGGGCGUGCUGGAGCACACGGUCAUGUACCCCGUGGACUCGGUCAAGACCAGGAUGCAGAGCCUGCAGCCAGAUCCCAAGGCCCAGUACAGUGGGGUCUACCAGGCCCUGAAGAGGAUCAUCCAGACUGAGGGGCUGUUCAGACCACUGAGGGGGCUGAACAUCACCAUGCUCGGUGCCGGCCCCGCCCACGCCCUCUACUUCGCCUGUUACGAGCAGGCCAAGCACUCCCUGAGUCACACCUUCCAGAGCAAGGGCAACAGCCACUUGGCUAACGGUCUAGCAGGAAGCAUAGCAACUGUCCUCCACGACGCCAUCAUGAACCCCGCAGAAGUGGUGAAGCAGAGGAUGCAGAUGUACAACUCCCCGUACCGGGGCCUGUGGGACUGCGUGCGGACCAUGACGCGCGCCGAGGGCCCGGGGGCCUUCUACCGCAGCUACAGCACGCAGCUCACCAUGAACAUCCCCUUCCAGGCCGUGCACUUCAUCACCUACGAGCUGAUGCAGGAGCGGCUCAACCCCCAGCGCCAGUACAACCCGGGCAGCCACGUGGCGGCGGGCGCGUUGGCCGGCGCCGUGUCGGCCGCCAUCACCACGCCGCUGGACGUGUGCAAGACGCUGCUCAACACGCAGGAGAACACGGCGCUGGACUCCAUGCGCGUCAGCGGCCACCUGACGGGCAUGGCCAAUGCCUUCAGGACGGUGUACCGGCUGGGCGGUGCCGCGGCCUUCUUCAAAGGCGUGCAGGCCCGCGUCAUCUACCAGAUGCCGUCCACGGCCAUCGCCUGGUCGGUGUACGAGUUCUUCAAGUACUUCAUGACCCAGCAGCAGCUGGAGCGAGAGGCGUCCAAAGGCUCCCGCUAGCCGGAGGAAGCCGCCGCGAGGGAUGCCAAAGAACGGAGCGGGAGAAGCAGAGAGCGGCGAGCGUGACGGUGGGACGACGGGCGUGUCCGGUGUGACGGCGUGGAGCAGCCUGAGUGACGGCGCCUUACCGGUUUUCCUGGGCCUCGUUGCAAAGGCCUUCCAGGAAAAGGAUUUGCAAUGUGACACUGCGUGGCACUACCUACUUCCUACACAACCUUCACUCUUUUUGUUUCUGUUCCCACCGAGCGCUCGUGAGUGGCCCUUCAGAGAGGAGCGUCAGGCGAGCAGGCAGCCAAGCGAGAGAGAAAGGCCUAUUCUCGUCUGUUUACCUCCUCCCUCCACAACGCUCACAGAAGUCACUUCUGCUCAUUGUGUGCAUUGAUUGUUUGCCUUCACUUGGGUGUUUAUAGUUCUAAUAUGGGAACUUUUUAUUUAUACUAUCAUUGCAUUCUUCUGGCGUUUGUAUUUAUGUGUGUGGAACAAACACAGGGCUCUCUGCUUGCAUUCCUUCUGAGUGUUUUUAUAACAAACUGCUUUUGGGGCAUUAUUUUAUUCCCUGUUCCCGAAGGCUCUUACAGGGCAUGUCAACAUUUUAUGUCUUUACAAUAUUUCCUACUGGUUCCUGUAGCUGUCAUUUGAACAUGGAGAUAAACUCUUCUAUUGGGCCCCUCCUGAUGCCACACGUGUCAGAUCUCAUAAUGAGGGGUCAGAUAUUGUUAGCGGUGGUCCUCUUGUUGUCAGGAUUAUGAAUAGCUGAAAAUUAUAUUUUCGUCUUUCUGAGAGCACCGCACGCACUCUCUCAGUAUCAGAGCUGUAGACCGCAGCGGUCCUCAUAUCGCCUUGUUUUAGGUGCAGUACUGCAUUGUUCCAAUCACGCACAAUGUGUGUGUGUGUGUGUGUGUGUGUGUGUGUGUGUGUGUGUGUGUGUGUGUGUGUGUGUGUGUGUGUGUGUGUGUGUGUGUGUGUGUGUGUGUGUGUGUGUGUGUGUGUGUGUGUGUGUGUGUGUCGAUAUGCAGGUCCAAGCCAUGGGUCCAAAGUGAAGUAUAUCUAUUGCCAUCCUCUCUUUCUAGGAUUACUAUUGUUCAUGGGUGAGACUUCUUACAUGCCGCGCCCUUAUGCAUUCGUACCAUUAGUUUGGCAGUGUGCGUAUGGCUACGGUUGUGAUGUCACUAAAUCAGCCUUGCGUCCACUCCUGCAUUCAGCGGCACAGUCCUGUGCUCUCUUUGUAGGCAAGGCGCUACAAUUUACACUCAUUCCCCUCCCAACACAACCCCCUCAAAAAGGUUAACCCCAUCGUAACAAUUAAUGUGUAAAUUGUUAAGUGAUUUAAAGGGGUGUACCUUUUGUGAAGGAGGAUUCCUAAUCUCAUUCUGUCCAUGAUUUCCUCCGUGGUCCCCAUUUAGCCUCCUCUACGUCCUUAGAGUUUAGCUGUCCGUGGUGGUCCGUAUGUCCCUCAGGCUUCAGUCCUCCUGGAGGGACAGAGAUAUUUUUUUUUUUUCUCGGCACUCAAUGAUUAACGCACAAUGUAACAUGAGACUAGAAAUAUUAGGGUUAUAAUUACGUCAUUAAUGUUAUUUCAUACAAUCCAAUUCCUUUAUUUUUUUUUAUACCCCUUAAUCACAGUCCCAGUCAACGUGCUGAACAGGCCUUAUAUUUAUGACACCCCUCUGACACUAGCCCCCCAGCGCACACAAAACAUGUUCAUCUUGUGCCUACACACACACCAUCUACUCACCCAUACAACAUUCACCCAUACUGACAUAAAACACCAUCCACACAGCCAGAACCAUUCACCUAACUGACACUCACACCAUCCACACAGACAGAAACAUUCACCUACACAGACACUGACACACAACCAUAAACAUUCACCUAUACAGACACUAACACGCAUCCACACAACCAGAAAAAUGUACCUACAGAGACAUACAACCAGAAACAUUCAUCUAUACAGACACUAAAACCAUCCACACAACCAGAAACAUUCGCCUACAGACACUGACACACAACGAGAAACAUUCACCUACACAGGCACUGUCACACAACCAGAAACAUUCACCUACAUAGACACAAACACCAUCCACGCCACCAGAAAUAUUCACCUACAGACACAACAUCCAAACAACCAGAAACAUUCCCCUACACAGACACAAACACCAUCCACACAGCCAGAAACAUUCGCCUUUAUAGACACACUCAUCCACGCACUCCGCAGCAAACAAGGAACACUCCACCAUUGCCCCUUAAAUAUGUCCUCUGCUCAAGACACUUGGUGGGUUAUCAAAGUUUAGACAUUUCUUACAUACUUCUCUUGUAACAUUUGAUAGGUCCACAAAAUACAUGUCUACUUGAAUACACCAAAGCUAAAGGCCCAAAAUACAUUGUAUUUGGGAGAACAUUAGUUUGACAUGUCCCAACUUCUUACACAUGUAAUUAUGGGAUGCAUAUAUGUACAUAUAUAAACAUAAUCUAAUGCCCACACUUAUUUAAAUUAACCAGAAUUAUGUUUUUUUGUUUUCAAUUUAAUUUACAUUUUUUUAAUGUUAAAAUGAAUUUGUUAGAAUUGUAGCCUAUAGCUGUUUCGUGUUUUAACAGCAGGUUCAAUCAACAUCUUAUGCAGGGUUAUAAUUGUGUAAAUUACCUGAAGCUGUAUACGCACAUACAACAAAAAAUGGGAAUGAUUUGAGUGCCAUCUAUAAUGCAAGACUGUCUGGAAUCAAACAAGAAUGUGUCGCUGCUACAGUAUGCAACACUGGAGCUGAAAUAAAAUACUUAAUCUAC